AUGGAGCAGGCCUCAAAUGUUCGUGACACUCGAAAACUGUACCAAAUAAUCCGCCAGGUUAGUGGUAAGCCCUUGACACUCUGGGAUUCUGUUCGCGAUGUGAAUGGAGGUUUUAUUGCUGACAACUCGGUCAAGGUCGAUCGCUGGCGUGAACACUUCGAGUACCUCCUCAACUUUAACGAACAACCCAUUACACCCUCCCUCUCCUCCACAGCGGAGUUUCAACCUUUUCCUGCCUACGCAGUGUCGUGUGACCCCCCUUCCGAAGACGAAGUUACC